UACUACUAAAUCCCGCUUUUCUCAUUCCUUUUCAAUUUUCAAAACCCACCACCCCAUCUCCUCUCUCUCUCUCGGCGUCAGUGUUUUAAACUGAAAUCCCCAUCGGCGAGGAAUUUUCCGGUGAUUCAGAUGGCUGAUACGAACCGCCGGUGUACAAGUGUAGAGGACGAUCCCCUUCACGCUUAUUCUGGUCUAUCCUUGUUUCCUCGCACACUCAAAUUCUUGUCGAAUCCUCUUCCGCCUCCUCCUCCUCUUCAUCAAUCAGAAGAUCCACAGCAGACCCAUACUCUCCUUGAGUCUAUGCCUUUCGAAAUUCAAAAUGAGCAUCAGGAGCAGGCAAAAGCUAUCUUAGAAGAUGCCAAGCUGCUGAACCCUAUUCCAAACAAACGAGAACGAAGACAGGGGUUAGACCGUCAGCGGAAAAGCUUUUCUCUUGACCUUCCCACAAGUCAACCUCCUCCAGCUCCACCAGGCUUUGAUAGUAGUAAAAUUCCAAGACCUGAAGAAUACUUUGCUGCAUAUGAUAAAUAUGAACUUGCCAAUCGAGAAUGGCAUAAACAGACUGGCACCAGUGUGAUAGAUACACAACAGAACCCUCCAUCAAGGCGCCCUCGCAGACCAGGACUUCAAGGGAGGAAACGGCCUUCGUUCACGCUUACCUCUGAGGAUGGUUAUUUCGCUGAUGAUGUCAACCUGGAAGCUUCAGAAAAGGAAAUCCCCAUUCCUUCUGAGAAAAGCUUAAAGAGGACCACAGCUGCACAAGUUAUGACUGAUGCUGUCAACCUGGAAGUUUCAGAAAAGGAAAGCCCCAUUCCUUCUGAACAAAGCUUAAAGAGGACGACAGCUGCACAAGUUAUGACUGCAGACAGGGAAGUAGAUGAUUCAACUGUAGACACGGACAAGGACUUAAGCAAUAUUUUGCAUGAGUUGCUUGCUUGCAGUCAGGAUGAGCUUGAGGGCGGUGGUGCCAUCAAGAUUUUGGAGGAUCGCUUGAAUAUCAAGCCCUUUGUUGCGGAAGAUAUUUCUGAAGUUCCAGAUGUUAGAAAAAUGGACUUGAAGGCAUCUGGAAGGAACCCAUCAAACCGGAAGAGUGUGCUGUCAAACAUACAGAAUAUGCUGGAAGGGACCCACAGGGAUGCGGUUCGAAAAAAUAGCUACUCGUCAUCCCCCCUGAUGAAAGAGCAUAUUUCAUCACCAAACCCACCAAAUAAGCAGUUUUCAUUUCCUGACAUCCAUAACUUGCUUUCAGGGGAUCACCUGUCUAAUGAGGUUGAUAUACAACCUUCAGCAAAGAAUUUGAAUAUUGGUUCCAGCUCUUCAUUGGCCAAGGAUGCUGAUAAAGAUAUAACUGAUACAUCCCCGUCUUAUGUGGGUACUUUAGACGCUGCUAAACCUUUCAACAGCUCAGUGGAGAAGAGUUCCGGUGAACAUGAUCCUGGUACUCGUUCUGGCAUCCAUAGAUUUCAUUCAAGUCGAGAUGGGAAUGCAGAAAAUUGUGUGGAAGAUAGCAUCACAAAUAAAAAGUCAGCUACGCUAGAGGUGAAUUUUGAUAUGCAAACAAAAGAAAAAGAGGGAGAUGUGCCCAUGAGUGAAAGUGGAGCAAACAGUGACUCUGGCAGAAGGGAAAAUGAUGCUGAUAUCAGUGAAGAAACUGAGCAAUUAGAAAGGCUGGCGGAAUAUGGAUCUAGAGAGGUUACAAGACCUUUGAUUGUAGAAGAGGAUAGUAUCCUGCAUCGGCAAGGUGCAUCCUCAAAGUCUCCAAACAGGGCUCCAGAACAAUUCAACACAAUGGAUGGAUCCUUUGAACAUGCAGAGCACAUGCAGGGACAACAAGAGGAGGAAAAUGACAACGGGGACACUGCUUGUGGACUUCAAAAAGAAAAUCCUCAGCAGGAGGUUGACAGCUCUUCACGCAAACACAGAAAUAAACGAAAAAAGAGAGGAUCUUCUGAUAGCAAUAUGAAAAAGCGAAGCAAGACUGUGCAUGGUGAGACUGGAGGGGACAAGCAAAUGGCAACAUUGCCACAUAAAAGUGGAGCAAAGAAGCAAACCAAAAAACAAUCCAACGAGAGAGAAGAGAAGAAGCAAAAGAAAACUCUUACACGUGAGGGUGCAAUAUUCUCUCGCAGGAAAAGCCUUGCAGGUGCUGGAACUAAAUUGGAAGGUGGUAUCAGACGAAGUACAAGGAUCAAGUCAAGACCACUCGAAUUCUGGAGAGGUGAAAGAUUCUUGUACGGACGGAUCCAUGAGAGUUUGACUACGGUUAUCGGCAUAAAGUAUGGAUCCCCGGGAGAUGGUAAAAGUGACAAGCGUGCAUCUAAGGUGAAAUCAUAUGUAUCUGAUGAUUACAAAGACCUGGUUGAUUUUGCUGCCCUGCAUUGAAGUAUCAUCAUAAUCCUAGGAAGGAAAUGGCCAACUAUCCUCUUGUGAUCAUAAUAACUAUAGCGUCUUGUGUCUUACAACGACCGUCACUAAACUUGUCACUGUCUUCCUUUAAAACCGCAACAGCAUAAGACUUUCGCAAAUGUAACGAAAGUUUUCAACUCUCAAUUAGUCUCUUCCAUGAUACUUGUCAACUUGCAUUUGUCACAUUAGUCUUUAGGUCACUUUUUGUAACCACCUUUCUCUCUUAAAUGCUGCCUUGACUAUUAAUAUUCUCUUAAAUAAAGUCAAAUAUAUUGUA